CUUUGACACAAAACAAUAAUAGUUUUUGCAUUUACAAUAUUUUGACUAUGUAUCUAUAGUUGAUCAAAUCUUGUCCAACAAUGAGCAACGACUGCAUGAUCAAAAACCAAGUCAAAAGUAAAGAAAACUCAAACCAACAGAGUAACUGCGUCCUUCCGGAAUCCCUUGAUAUUUUAACAGCGUCUUCAAGACACAUUUUUACCGGAAUAUAUGUUGUAAUUUUGGUAGUGUCACUUUUUGGAAACUGUGCGGCGAUUUAUUCGAUCAGUAAGAGAAAAUAUCGGUUUGUUCAAAAAACAUGUAUUAUUUCGCUUGCCAUUUCGGAUAUUUUGAGCACUAUUGUUAUUGGGACUAACAAUUUAGAAACCUUCUCUCAUGAAUUGCUUGUUUGGACUUUAGGACCAUUUCUUUGCUCUUUUAUUCCAAUGUGUCAAAUGGUGGGAAUCACUGCAAGCUCUACAGCACUAGUAAUCAUUGCUAUGGACCGUUACAGAAACGUUGUUCAUGUUCUGAGCAAACGUUGGGACCCUCCACCACUUCACUGCCUUUCAGUGACCGCAAUUUUGUGGCUCAUUAUUUUCGGAAUUUCGUACCCAAUGUACGAUUUCUUUAUUCAAGAAGACGUAACAAUAGUUUAUGUCGUUGACAUUGAACAAAAUCUCUUUAAUUUUGUCGAUGCUAAAGUUUGUGUCAGUUUCGAUAAAGCCAAUAUGAAGACCUAUUUUAUUAUAAUGGUUAUUCUAAUUUUUUUGCCGCUGUUGAUGAUUUUUUUGUGGUUUUACUACAACAUUGCAUCUCUGGUUUGGAAACACCGAAAACCGCUUUCGAGUGCGUUUAACAAGAAUGAAACCUCCGGUAUAGAAAACUCCUCAUCGCAUCUUGAAGUCAAAAUGAAAACUGUUAAACACAUGGGGAAAAAUCGCGACAUAAGAGUUGAACGCAAAAUUCGCACGUUUAAAGUUUUGGUUACUUUAAUGAUGGUUUUUAUCAUUUGUCGAUUGCCUUACUUUACCGUUUUUAUUCUGAAAUUGUCGUUAACUGAAGAGUAUGGAUUGUGGACUUGGUAUUUGAAUUAUGCCUUUAUGGCUCUGCAUAUACUGAAUUGUUGUCUUAAUCCGUUGUUGUACACAUUCUUAAACCAGACGUUGACAGUUUGGAUAAAAGUUAAAAAGGUGGUCAAAGAUUUUACAUGGGAAAUUUGUUGCUUUUGUUUUUCCAAAGCCGAAUUCGAUGAGUUUGAAAGAGAGAAUCCGUUUAUAAUUAAUAAUCACAAUAGAAAAGGAAGAAAUUCAAAAGUUAAGUUUGAAGAAAAUGUACAAGAAAUUGAAGCCAAAUAUUAGUAUUGCGUACCUAUUUAACUUAUCCACCU